AUGGCGGCGGCAAAAGCAGCUUCAGGAGUGGUAGUGUCACGACCAGUGACAUUCGUGACCGGAAACGCAAAGAAGCUUGAAGAAGUCCGUACAAUAUUGGGCCAAUCGAUUCCUUUCCAAUCUCUCAAAAUUGACCUACCCGAACUGCAAGGAGAACCUGAUGAAAUCUCUAAAGAGAAGGCUCGUUUAGCUGCGGCAGAGGUGAAGGGACCUGUUUUGGUGGAGGAUACUUGUCUUUGCUUCAAUGCCUUAAAGGGUCUUCCGGGUAAUUGCUUAAAAUGGUUUCUGCAGAAGAUUGGUCAUGAAGGUCUGAACAACUUGCUGAUGGCAUACGAGGACAAAUCAGCCUACGCUUUAUGUGCAUUGUCUUUCGCUCUUGGGCCUGAUGCUGAACCUAUUACAUUUCUUGGAAAAACUAUGGGAAAGAUAGUUGCUGCAAGGGGACCUAAUGAUUUUGGAUGGGAUCCAAUCUUUGAACCUGAUGGUUAUGACCAAACUUACGCAGAGAUGCCAAAGGAUGAAAAGAACAAGAUUUCUCACCGCUCCAAGGCCCUCGAUUUGGUGAAAUCCCACUUUGUGGAAGCUGAAUACAUUUUCGAGACAAAUGACUCAAAAAAGAGUGAGCUAUAG